AUGGGCACCAUGGAACCCUCCCACCAGCAGCUCCUGCGACAAGUCAUCAAACGUGUGCACCCCGACCUGUUUCUGGCGCAUCCCUUCGAGAUGAAAGUGAACUCCGACUCCCUCCAGGCCUUGAAUGCCUAUGCGGACCAGCUGGCUGUGGGCGCAUCGCCCACCCCUGCCCAGCUGGAGUUUUAUGUCCGGACGGGGGACGCACAGGCUGGGCUGGCGCUGAUCACGGCCACCCUGCCCGGGGACGGCGACCUGCUGCCCCUGUUCUCCGCCUUUGGACUGGCGGACGAGGCCGCGGCCCGCGGGACGGGCGAGCUGUUUGCCCCCGCCGCCAGCCUCGCGGCCUGGCUGAGGGAGUCUCUGUCCGACGCCGCGCGGCUGGCGGGAGAGCACGCAGCCCUGGCCGCGGCGUCCCAGGAGCUCCGCACCGCCGUUGAGCGGGCGUACGACCUCGGCCAUCUGCAGCUGUCCAAUGAGUACCCCCUCCAGUGCUCCGAGCAGCGCCGAAACCUGGUCGCCCUCCGGCUGUUGGAGGGCAGCCUGUCCCUGCUCUCGUCAGACAACCCAGACCGCUUCCAGGGCCUGCACCUGAGGCUGUCGCCCGGGGUCCCCGGCACGGCUGGCAACCGCGCUCGUGAGUGCCACAUCAGCGACGACGGGGUGGUGCACCUGGUGGCGGAGGACAGCGCCUCCACCCUCCAGGCCCUGGCGGCCCUGGACAUGGGCCGCGCCCGCCUUCUGGCCCGCGUGGCGCACUUCUGGCGGCGCAGGGCCUGGGACCUGGAGGCCCCCCUGGCCUCCCUCCUGGGCGUGCGCUGCGUGGCGUGCUACAGCAACGACAUGCACAGCCACCAGGCAUUUGUGCUGUGGGCCGGCGCCGUGCUCCGCGCCCGCCACCGCUUCGAGGCCGCGCUGCGCGGCCGCGCCUUUUCCUUUGGCCUGCUGGUGCAUGCCGGUGGCUCUGGCCCGGUGCUGGACCCCGUUCCCGCCAGCGCCUACGUCCAGGUGCGUGCCGACUGCCACCCCUCCCAGCUGCUGGAGUACCUGACGGGGGCCGCCGCGGCGGCCGCCGACGCCGCCUCCGGCGUGGCGGAGGCCGCGCGCGCCGCUGAGGCCGCCGCGCUGGAGGCGGCGCGCGAGGCGCUGGGCGUGCGCGCGCUGCUGCGCCUCUGCUCCUCCGCGCCGCAGGCCGCGGCCGCCGCGGCGCGGCUGAUGCGCUGCGCGCCGGCGCUGCGCGCCGCGCUGCCCGCGCUGCGCCUAGUCUCCCUGGCCCUGGACGACGGCUACCACGUCUGGGACUCGGGCCUGGUCUCCAUCCCGCACGACUUUGGGGCCUCGGAGCUGGAGCCUGCGCUGCAAGCGCUGCUCGCCGAUGCGCGGGGUUAG